AUGGUGCUCAUAGAAAAGCUUCCUGACGACUUCGAUGAAUCUCUUAAUCUCAACAAACAAGCCCCUGCCGUUCCCACUCCUACCCUCGGUGCACAAGCUUUUCUCAACGAAACACCCUUUGGAAUCAAAGAGAAUGCUCUCUCAACACAAUCAACAACCAGCCCCGCCAUGCCUCCGGGAAUGGCCUCCAUUAAGUCACAUACAGCGGAUGAAAUAUUGGAUAUGAUGAACAAGACCCCACUAUUUAUGACUGAUCUGUCAAAAGCAACUGACGGAGACGAGGAUAAUAUUGCGCUCGAAGCUAUUCGCUCUCUGCAAUAUGAAGGAACAAGAGCAGAAAUCGCCCAGGGAUUCCGCGAGUCGGGAAACGAAGUUACAAGGCAAAAGAAGUGGAGUGAUGGGAAAGAAUUUUACAGCAAGGCCAUUGGGGUCCUUGCGGGGGACAAUGAAUGGGAGAAAAGUGAUGAUCCUGAGGGAGAUAUUAUAAAGGAACGCGAGAUCGCGGAAGCCUGCUAUACCAAUCGCGCAUUGUGCAAUUUGGAAUUAAAAAACUAUAGAUCCACAAUACUCGACUGUGCAUCGGCGUUGAAAUUCAAUCUGAAAAACGUCAAGGCCUACUAUCGAUCAACGUGCGCUCUCUUCGCCCUGGACAAAAUUCCGGAAGCAGAAGAUACCUGUGCGCGAGGUCUGACACUCGACCCAUCCAAUAAAUCCUUGCAAGCCAUGUCGUCGAAAAUAUCCGCGCGGAAAUCAUCCCUCCAGGCAAUCGCUGAGAAGCGACGCGCUGAGGAGGAACGAGCUCGCAAGGAAAAACUAGUCCUCAACGCCGCAUUGCGAGCGAGGGAAAUCAGAGUCAGGGCCUCGGACAAACCGCCCGAACUUGAAGAUGCUGUCGUUCACCUUUCGCCCGAUCCGCUUUCUCCUGAAAGUACACUCGUGUUCCCCAGCGUCUUCCUUUACCCCAUGGAUGCUCAGUCGGAUUUCGUCAAGGCGUUUUCUGAGAUCGAGACGAUAGGAGAUCACUUGGGCUAUAUUUUCCCCUUGCCAUGGGAUUCAGGGCAGGAAUAUAGGCUGGACUCUGUUGACUGCUUUAUGGAGACGGUGACUGGUGGGCUCAUCAAGGUUGGGAAGAAAAUGUCGCUGCUGAAGAUUCUGACUGGGGGGAAAGUGGAAGUCAUUGAUGGGUUGGUGCGCAUUAACAUUGUGCCGACGACCAAGUCAAAGAAAUGGAUUGAGGAGAUGAAAGCGAGGAAGGGCACUUGA